AUGCCAGGAUCAAAUACCAAUAACAUUCAACCACCAAAUUCACCUUUAUUUCCACCUCUGCAAUUAAUUAACCACAAUGAUUUAAAUUCAAUAUUAGCAUCAAAUUCAUCACCAUCUACACCUACAAACAAUAACAAUAACUCAAAUCAAAAUAUAUUUAUACCGACAUUACCUGAUAAACCAACAACUUCAACUUCUUCAAUACAAGCUUAUAUAAUACCAAGUGAAAAAAAUUUAUUUGUUCAAGGAUUUGAUCAACAUGAAUAUAGUUCAAGACCUCCAACAAUUUUAAGAGGUUCAUUAUUUAUUAGAGUAUUAAAACCAAGUAAAAUUAAAUCAAUUACAUUAACUUUUAAAGGUAUUCAAAGAACUGAAUGGCCAGAAGGUAUUCCACCAAAAAAGAAUUUAUAUCAUGAAAUUAAUGAUAUAAUAACUCAUACUUGGCCAUUUUUCAGUUCAAAUAAUAAUAUAAAUUUACCAAAUAAUGGAGCAGAUUUUUAUAUUGAAAAAAAUGGUAGUAUACAACAUACUGGAGGAGGAAAUGAAGAAUUAAGUACUGUUAGAUCAAAUACACCUCCCCCAAGAAGAGUUUCAAGUAAUUCUCUAAGUGUAAAUGGAUCCACCACCAGUAAUAAUCAAGAUAAUUUUUUUACAAGAAAUUUAUCACCAAGUUUUAUAAGAAGAUCAAAAUCUCCUUCAAUUGGAUCUGUUGAUGCAAUGACUGAGUUAACUAGUGUUGUUUCCCCAACAACUGAUUCAAAUAUGUAUUUUGCACCAGGUGAUUAUUUAUAUAAUUUUGAACAUCCUUUACCACCAUCAAUUCCUGAAACUUGUAAUGUGACAUUUGGAUCAACUACUUAUAAUUUAGAAGUAUUAAUACAAAGACCUGGUACAUUUAAAUCAAAUUUAUCUGGAAAAUUACCAAUAAAUAUUAUAAGAACACCAUCAGAAUUAAAUUUAGAAGAAAAUGAAUCAAUUGUAAUAUCAAGAGAUUGGGAAGAUCAAAUUAGAUAUGAUAUUGUUAUUGGAGCAAAAUCAGUUGUAUUAGAUUCUUAUUUACCUUUAGCUUUCAGAUUUGUACCAUUAUGGGGUAAAGUUGCAUUACAUAGAAUAAGAAUUUAUUUAACUGAAAAUUUAGAAUAUUAUUGUAAUAAUAAAAAAGUUCAUAGAAUGGAACCACCAAAAAAAUAUUUAUUAUUAGAACAUAAAGCUGUUAAGGGAAGAUCUUUAUUACAAAAAAAUCCUCAAGAUACUUCUAAUGUAGGGUUAGAUCAAUAUGAAGAAGAUAUAUUACCAAAAGAAUUAGAAUUUCAAUUAUAUGUACCACAAGAAAUUACUGGGAAAUCAAAUUGUUCAAUACAUCCAGAUACUUCUUAUGAAAAUAUUCAAUCUCAUCAUUGGAUUAAAAUUUGUUUAAGAAUAAGUAAAAAUGAUCCAGAAAAUGAAAAUAAAAGAAAACAUUAUGAAAUUUCAAUUGAUUCUCCAUUACAUGUAUUAUCACCAUUAGCAGCACAUGGAAAUACUCUUUUGCCUGCUUAUGAUGAUUUAGUUGAAAAUGGUGAAUUACCACCUCCUCCAAUUAUUGAUAAUUCUCCUUUAUCACCAGAAGUAACUCCUAUUGAACAUAGUAGUAGUACAAGUAAUAUAAGGUCUAGAUUUGAAAAUGCAACGAGAUCAAGAUCAAGAUCACCUAGUGUGGCGAAUAAUCAACAAACAACUAGAGAAGAUUCACCAACAACUCCUUCAUCAGCAAUAGAAUUUCAACAUAUUUCAUCAAAUUUAAAUCCUGGAGUUAUUGAAAGAGAUGCAGAUAUGCAUUUAGAAGCAAAUUUAUAUAAACCAAAAUUUGAAUCAACAAUUGUAGCAAUAAAUUCUCCACAAGCUAUACCACAUCCAGAAACUUUUACUUCACCAUUAUCUUCACCUAUCCAAAGACCAAUACAUUUAAUUAGACAUCCUUCAACUGCUCCACCACCAUUUGUUGCACUGCCUGAUGCAACUAAAAAUAAUGGAGGAAUGUCAUUACAUCCACCUGCAUAUAGAGAAAGAGAUGAAGGUUCAUUAAGUUUAAGUCCUCUUAGAAUUGAUGAUGAUUCAACAAAUUAUGUUAAUCCAUUACAUGAUGUUGUUAGUAAUAAUAAUAAUAAUAAUUCCACCCCGACAACUUUAAAUAAUAUAGAUACAAAUACUCCAGUUAGAGAUUUAUUAAUACAACAAUUAAAUGGUUCAACACCUCCUCAACCAAUUGAAACUAGAGAUUCCAUACCUAAUAUCUCAUUACCUAAAAUUUCAAUAAAUAAACAACAUACAGAACCUGAACACCAUAAUGAACCUCUGGAAGAAGAUAUAGCUGAUGAUCCAGCAUCACCAAUUUCACCAAUGUUAGCACCAAAGACUUUCAACAAUAAUAAAAGAAAAUCAAAAAUAUUUGAAUCAAAUGAAAGUAAUGAUUUAAUAUUAUCUACAUCUCCACCAAAAACAACUAAUAAUAAACCAAGUAGAAGAUCAUCAACAACUUCAUCAAUAGAUUCAUCAAAUUCUUUUGAAUUACCAAUUGAUCAAACAUUACCCUUGCUAAAUCAAUCAACAAGUUCAAUUCAACCUCAAAGAACUUCAAAUCAAACAGAGACAAAUCAGUUUUAUAUGGAUGAAAGAAAUCAAUCUAUUACUUCUUCUAUGUUUGAUUUAUCAUAUAAAAAACCAACAAGUUAUCAAAAACCAAAAGAUUUAUUUAGUAAUGAUUAUGAAUCACGAAAACAAUUUAAUAAUAGAAAUAGAAAUCAAAGACUAGCGGGACAUCAUCAACCUGAAAUUGAUGAUGAUGAUGAAGAAGAUAUAAGUAAUAUGAAUAUUCCUGUAAUACCACAACAUCAUAAAAAACUGUUUGGAGUGGUUGAUACAUCAUUAACUGAUUUAAUUAAUGAAAAUAAUGAAACUGAAGAAGGUUCAAGUUUAAGUUCAAAUGAACAACAACAACAACAGCAGCAAAAUUUAAUUAAUUCAAGAACUAAUGGUAGUACUACUAAAAUGAACAAUCAUAAUCAUAGUAGAUCAAUUCCUGGUUUUAAUAUUGAUUAUGUUAUAGAUAAUUAA